AUGUCGAAACUGGAAUACACACCGUCGAGGAAAUCACCAAAGUACGACCCCAGCCAUCUCUACGUCUCUUGCUUCCGUUCCGGCAAAACGAAAACCAUCGAAUACCGUAAAGACCAGCUGCUUAGGCUAGCGUACCUGCUGCAGGAUAACAAGGAACGUUUCGAGGAUGCGCUGCUCGCCGACCUCGGGCGGCCCAAGGGAGAGUCUAUCCUGCUCGAAAUUGCCCCUCUCAUCGGCCAAGUGAAGGAGGCGUACGACUGCGUCAAGAAAUGGUCCGCGACGGAGAAGGUCGCGUUCAGUCCGACGUGGUUCCCUAUGGGCCCUGCCAUCCGGAAAGAGCCCAAGGGUGUCGUGUUGAUCAUCGCGCCGUUCAACUACCCAUUGAUGCUGCUGCUCGGACCUUUUGCCAGUGCGAUCGCAGCGGGGUGUGCGGUUGUCUUGAAGCCGUCUGAGCUGACACCAGCGACGAGUGCUCUCAUGGCGGAGCUCGUCACCAAGCACCUUGACCAAGACGUGUUCAGGCUAGUGAAUGGUGCUAUCCCCGAGACUACCAAGCUUUUGGAGCUCCCGUGGAAUCACAUCCUGUACACUGGUAAUGGCCGGGUUGCCAAAAUUGUCAGUCAUGCAGCAGCCGAGCAUCUGACGCCUUUGACACUUGAGCUUGGUGGCAAAAGUGCUGUUAUCAUCGACCCCAAGUGCGAUCUACCCACAGCAGCUAGGAGAAUACUCUGGGGAAAGGUCGCCAAUGCAGGGCAGAUUUGCCUUGCUCCUGACUACGUUCUCGUCCCGCGCGAGUUCCAAGACACUUUCGUUGCUGCCUUGCAGCGUGCCUUCAAUGAAUUCUUCCCAGUGGACCCGAUCAAGGCGCCGGAAGGCACAAUGGCGAACAUCAUCUCAGAUGCGCACGUCCAGCGGCUCAAGCGGUUACUCGACUCGACCCGCGGCACCAUCGUUUUCGGUGGCCAGGUCGACGCCGCGCGGCGGUUCAUCGUCCCGACAGUCGUCAAAGAUGUCAAAGAUGACGACACCUUGAUGUCCGAGGAGAUCUUCGGGCCUAUUCUUCCCGUGCUGCCCGUGGACAGUGUCGACGAGGCUAUUGAUAUUGUGAACUCCCGGGACCACCCUCUUGCGCUUUACGUGUUCACGAAGGAUGCAAAGUUCAAGGCCAAAGUGUUCGACAACACACAGAGCGGUGCCGCCAUAGCAAACGAAGUAGUCCUCCACCUUGGCGUGGACCACCUUCCCUUCGGCGGAAUUGGCCCGAGCGGCUCCGGAUACACGACGGGCAAGUUUGGGUUCGACACGUUCACGCAUCUCAGGGCAACCAUAGAUAACCCGAGUUGGGUCGACAAACUGCUCAUGUCUGCGCGCUACCCGCCCUACGACGUGCGUAUUCCGCUUCAUCUCAUUGGCGGAAGCUCAACUGACUCGGAGGAUGCUCCGUAUGGUAUAGCGCGGCGCGAUUCAGAAGCUAAACAAGAUGUUGAAGCCAAGCCUCCCGCCACGUCCCGGUAG